AUGGUUCAUGGGAAGAAGUUGGCCGCCGACCCGCCGCCGCCUUCUGAGCUGGAGGACGAUGACGCGGGAGCAGGAAGUGAGACGCUGCAGCUGGAAGAGGUAGGAAGCGGAUCGCCCCGGGGCCCAAGUUCUGCAAAGGGAAUCGCCAACCGGCAGGAGCGUCCGCUCUCCGGCUGUGAGGAGCCACCAAGUCUCCCUUUCUCCUUCUCCAUCCAGCGAAGAGGGAGCCGGACGGGGGUCGACGUGCGUGGGCCAGGUGUGCUAGACGGAGGUGAAGAAGAAGAGGACGAGGAGGAGGAGCUGGGAGGAGGAGGAGAGCGUGAGAUCUCCCAUGAGGACUACGACACCGACUUGGAGCUCGGCGAUGAGGAGGCGGCGUAUGACCCGACGGGUCAGACGCGCUACGCGGAGGCGUGCCGAGCGUUACAGGUGGCGCCGGCCUCUUGCUUCCUGCGGCGCAUGCGAAGCAGCGAGCUGUCCAUGAUGCACCGGGGUCUGGGGCCUCAGGGCACCAAAGCGCUGUCAGUUCCCCUGGUAACCAACACUUCAAUACUCAGGCUGAACCUGCGGGAUAAUUGGAUGGAAGGAAUGGGCGGAGCUGCCAUAGCCGAGAUGUUAAAGGAAAAUUGUUACAUUACAGAGGUGGACCUGUCCGACAACAAUCUCGGGGAUUAUGGGGCCAGAGCCGUCGCCGGCAUGCUGAGGGCCAACGGCACCCUGCUGAGCCUCAAUCUGUCCGGGAACCGGUUCACGGACCAGUCGGUCGAGCACCUCGGACCGGCGCUGGUCGCCAACUCCAAACUGCGGCACCUCGACCUCAGCCACAACUCUCUGGGAGAGCGUGCAGGCAAACACCUGGGAGACUCUGUGUCAGAGAACACGGGGCUGAGAUCACUCAGUCUGGCCUGGAACGGCAUUCGAGGGAGAGGAGCUGUGAUGUUGGCCAAUGGUCUCGGGGGAAACAUUUCCCUCAGAGCGGUGGAUCUGACGUUUAACGGCUUCGGUAAAGAAGGAGCCGUGGCUUUGGGACGGGCUCUGAAAGAGAACAACGCUCUGGAGGAGUUGAACGUGAGUAGCAACCGAAUCCCCCCUGAAGGAGCUAUCCACCUAGCCAUGGGCCUCAAAGUAAACAAGACAAUCAAAUCCCUGAAGGUGGGGAGGAACCCCAUCCAGAAUGCUGGGUGCUAUGGGAUCCUCCAGUCUCUGCAGGAAAACCCAAAUUCAGCCAUGGAGAAGUUAGACUUUUCGGACGUCACGGUGAACCAGGAUUUUGAAGAUUUGUACACGGCGGUGAAAGAAAUGUUCCCCGCGCUUACAGUAAAUCACGGGGGCAGAAUUGGCGUAUUCAAAAAAGCAAAAGCUUGAAAAGUGUUACUGUAAUUGCUGUACUCUCAUGCCAGGGAAGAUGGAAGGAGUCUCUCGUCGAAGCCCUGCGGACGUUUUCAUCAUCGACGGAUGAACCAGAGUGUGGGAUGCAUGCGGAGAUAUCAUUUAUUAAAGU